AUGUUUUUAUCUAGAACUUUAAGACAAUCCACCAUUCUCAGUUCAAGCACUUUUACUAGGACUUUAAGAUUAAGCACUAUUAGGUUCAAUUCUACUAACGCUUUGACAAAAACAGAAUUACCAUUUACCUAUUCUAGUGAAGGUCCUUCCAUUAUUAAGUACACCAACCAACAUGAAUGGAUUGCCGCUCAUAAAGAUGGAGUGGCCUUCAUUGGUAUCACAAAAUACGCUGCUGAUGCUUUAGGUGAUGCCACAUACAUUGAAUUACCAGAACAAGGUUCUGCUUUGGAAUUAGGUGAAUCUUUUGGUUCCAUAGAAAGUGUCAAAAGUGCCAGUGAUGUUUAUUCUCCUGUUAACGGUGAAGUUUUAGAACCUAACGAAGCUUUAAACGAUUCUCCACAAUUUAUUAAUGAAGAUCCACUUGGUAAAGGUUGGUUAACUAAAGUCCAAGUUGAUUCGUUGGAAAGUCUAGCUGAAAAUCAAGAUUUGUUAAGUUUAGAAGCUUAUCAAGAAUUUUUAAAAUCUGAUCAAGAAAAUCACUAA